UUCAGUGCAAACGACAGGCGACACGCACACCUCUUUUUCCUCUCGUUCGGUUUUUAUUUUGAUAUAAUUUCCCGUCUGAAAUUUUCCCUUCUAAAAUCUGUCUGUCUGUCUUCUCUGUCCGCAAGAUUUCACACGACAAUUUAGGAAAACUAGCAGGCUGUGAUGAUGACGGAAAAUCGGUGAAAUUGGCGUCCGAAAAUCGGGUCGGACUCGAUCGCAGUGAGCCAGUGUUUGUUGGCGUAGGGACCCUUCGAGUUGUCACACAGUGCGUGCAAAAGGAAAUCAGAGGAAAACUCCAACAGUAGUCUAAGGCUACCCCGAUGGUGUUCAUCCAAUGUGUGCUGUGAUUAAUGUGUCUAGACUGUGAAGUUUUUUAAGUUUUCGGUAGAUUUUUGUUCAGUUGUUAAUGUUACAAGUAGCCUUAUGUGAUUAGACCGAAUUUGUAUGUGCCGUUGAGCCCCGUGUCGUUUGGAGGCCAAAAGCGUAGGACGGAAAAAUCCGAUUUUUUCAAGGAUUUUCCCAUUUUCGCAUUGAUCCUUCCCAGUGUCAGUGGUUGAUUUAUUGUGUUAGAUAUCGAGAAACUUCCUGCUGAAACGGACCAGAACGAGAAGUUUAGGAGCACGAUGGACAACAAAUCUUCAAUUAAAGGGCCUUUUCUGACACAGCAACAGGAAGAUUUCCACCCGUUCAUCGAAGCUCUGCUGCCUUACGUCAAGUCGUUCAGCUACACGUGGUUCAACCUGCAGGCGGCGAAGCGCCGGUACCUCAAGAAGCACGAGAAAAAAAUGACCCACAACGAGGAGAACAAGUGCAAACGAGAUUUUCAGAACGAAAAUCCGGAAACCAAGCAAAAGUGGGCCGCCCGUCUGCUGGGGAAACUGCGCAAGGACAUCACCCACGACAGCCGGGAGAACUUUGUCCACUGCAUCUCGAAGAAGAAGACCUCCAUGUGCAUCCUAUCGAAUCCGGACCAGAAGGGCAAAAUGCGCCGAAUAGACUGCCUCCGACAGGCGGACAAGGUUUGGCGUUUGGAUCUGGUGAUGGUGAUCCUGUUCAAGGCGAUUCCCCUGGAAAGCACCGACGGCGAACGGCUCGAGAAAGCCUGCUUUUGCACCAGUCCCAGUCUGUGCAUCAAUCCGUACCACAUACAAGUAUUAAUUAAGGAGUUGGAUCUCUAUCUGGCCAACUUCAUCCGAUGUUUCAGCGAUGAGGAAAACCAGGGGGAAAAAUCGCACAACAGUUCGCGCAAGUUUUCCAAAGGGAGCAGUAAGGCCUUCUCGUACGACUUCAUCGCACCGACGGGCGUCUUCACCUCGUCCGAGCUGUGGAGCAUCACACAAGGUGGUAUUUACCAGCACUUUGCAUUUCGUUUCAGUUUGAAUUUACGCUGGCCAACAGGACUUUUACCUACUGAAAAUUAUUGGGCGUUAAUCGAGAGUGUGGGCUUGAAUUGUUUUCAUCAAAUGACAAAAUAAUUUCAAUGUUUCAGGAAAUUUUUUAAAUGCUUUUUUGCAGGAUAACCAGUUUCUUUUCAGGAUUUCUAUUUUCUUGGUUAGAAUAAGUAUCGUUUCAGUCGCGUAAAAGUGAUGAGCCAUGUUCAAUAGCAUCACAACGGAUGAGUCAUUCAACAAAGGCAUCUCGAUAUUGCUGAGGAAACGUCCGAAAUGGCAAUCCUGCGAAGGCGGUAUGGCGGCUCUUAUUGCAUCGUAUUUGAUCGUAAACGCUUUUCUUGUUAUUGAACUUCAUGUUACUCUGUUUUAGAGAGAAAGUAAAAUUUAAGUUCAAACUCCUAACCAAGUAAAUUUAUAUUUAAGUUGUUUACCCUCAUUAAAUGAUUAUUGGUCGCAUAGAAUUAAAGCUUUUCUCAAUUAUUUACUUAUCAGACAAACAAUAAAUUUUUA